CGUAGGAAAUUUACCUUUUUUGGAAAAUAUUCAACCAAAAACUGUUUAAGCAUAAAAAUAAGCAGUAUUGAAAGUACAGUGAUGGAGGUAAAUUCAAAAGCAGUUCAAGGAAAUUCCAGCAAAAUAAAUAUGGUUUCGAUGAUUUCAAAUCAAGGCCAUCAAACUUCAAUCGGUCCUGUCACAUCGCAACCACAGCGAAACGAUUUUCCGAAUGACCUGAAUGAUUCGCCCGGCUUGGAAUACUUAAAAAAUCGCGAUCGAUUGUUUGUUAAACGAAAAAGUAACUGUUGUUCAUAUGGCCGAGAGUUUUUCAUAAAAACCAAAUUAAAGGAAGAUAUAUAUGUGGGCAUUGAAGCUGAUAAUUGGUGCACACUUGGAUGUUCAUCACUUGAAAUGAAAAUUUCGGAUCUUCGCGGAAACGAAGUGUUACAAUUUACACGUUUUCCCGAAUGUAUGACUAGCUAUUUCGAAGUGAAAACACCUUCUGGACAAAUGAUUGCGCGAGUGAAAGAAAAGUUAACAUGGUGUUCGAACGAAAUUAUUGUCACAAAUCACAACGAUGAAACAAUAUUACGCCUGGUUCAAAAAAGCUGUAACAGAAGAGCACCUUUUAAGAUCCUAACAAUGGACGGAGAUCAAGUUGGUUUUAUUAAUAGAGUAAAAUAUUCGGAAGAUUUUUGCGAUGCUACAUACGCCAUGGAAAUCAACUUUGAUACCAACUUAAAUAUUCAUAUGAAGGCGGCUUUGAUUGCAGCAAGUCUUUUAUUGGAAAUAAAACAAAGACGAAACAAUGCUGCUGUUGUAGCAAUCGUGUAAAGUUUAUCUGAGAAUAGACUUGAAACCCAAUUUUAAUUUCACAUUUUCAAAGAAAUGACCAAUUGUCCUAGUGAAUGAUGAUCCAGAAAUGUGAAUAAUAGCUGUCAAAAGCUUACUUGAUAUGCACAAUACUCUUGAACAACCCGUGUGGAAAAAAAUUGACUGUCUGACUGGUUAGCUGAAAUCGACUGAAAUUGGAUUUUGUUAACUGAAGUCGUCUACCCAGUCGACUUUAGUCGUCUUUGUAUCUCAUCUUAAACAGAUAACUAAUUUGGGACGUUUUUGUCUAUAGUCAACUGCGAUUGAAGUUGAAUCAAGUUAUAUUUUUCUCUACUUGGAUUGACUGAAAAACUUCAAUCACAGUUGGCUUCAGCCAAUUCGUCUUAGUUAACUGACUAGUCAGUCAGUAAUUUUCCACAAGGGAAUGAACACCAACAGAUUGUAAACAACAUUGUCAUUUUCCAGCUGAACGUAUCUCAAAACGUCACUGUGUGCUUCGCUUUCGCAGUCAUCU